AACUCGAAGGGCUUUACUGACAGCACCGACCACUUCCAGAGACUUGUCAUUGGACUUCUCACUAAUUAUAUCGCUCUAUCGGUAACCAAAGGAGAUGUCAAGAGAUUUAAUGUCGUCUUGUAUAUUGUCUUACGUUUGGCGAGACUUUUACCGCAAUUAAUGAUAUUUAUAUUAUUGACAUUUCUGUUGCCUCUGAUGGGGUCGGGCCCUCUCUGGAAGGAAGUAGUCGUCUCUAAUGUGAGGAAAUGUGAGACCAAUUGGUGGCUCAAUAUGCUUCUCAUUCAUAAUCUCUAUAAAUCCGAGCAAAUGUGUGCGAUUCACACCUGGUUUAUAGCUCUGGACUUUCAAUACCAUAUAAUAACCGCUUUUGGUAUCAUUUUAAACGUAACAACAGUUUUAAUGUUUGCGAUUCUGUCGUCAAUUCUGUGGUAUAUCUAUGAACUGCCGCCGGCGCUCAUCAACACCGGCCGAACGUAUGCA